CUACUUCCCAAAUCUAAUUUCAACCAUCAAACUACAGAUCUCGAGAUUAGACUAUAAGGCAAUUGUGUUUCUCCUAUGACUUACUGCUCCAAGUAUCCCACAGCUGGAAGACUGCUUGGACAAUCCAUUUGGACCAGAACAUAUUGCGCCAGCAACCGAAUUUCUCCUACUAUUCCGAGGACUCAGAGCCGAUCGAUCCGAACCUCUUUGACAUCAUUCUAUACGACGCCACGGUCGUCCCAGAAAAUUGUAAAGAGAGGGGUUACUUCCGUCGGUAUUGCUUUGGCGAUCAGCAUUUUUUUCUUCUUACCCUUUUGCCUGAGAGAAAACUCCCCCAAACCUGCUUCACAGGGUGACUUGGAAAUUAUACCUCUCAGCAGCAUGGACAAGUCCGCUCCUCCAGGUCGUCCAGGCAACCUUACUGACGACCAGGAAAAAAAACUACGGGAACUUUGGACUGCGGCUCUGAACGUUUUUGGGGUUUCUGCGGAGAACGCUAGUGACGAAGAGAGUGGCCUUUCGACGCCCGUUCCUCCCCAGUCCGAUAUUUCUGAAGAUGGAACAAAAUCGGACAAUCCAGCCUCAGAGAAGAAGAAGAAAAAGCGCAUAGGCCUCUUUAGCAGAAAGAGUCGUAGUAAUCAUGCCGACUCUGAGGCCAAUCCUUCCAAAAUCGGAGGCUCAGAAUCAAAUCCCCGUUAUGCUCAAGAAGGCGACGACAAAUAUGGGCAAGCCAAGUCUUACAAUCAAGCUUUGGCUAGCCAGUCACCGGAAGCUCUGCGAACCGCGUUUUGGAGCAUGGUCAAGCAUGAUAAUCCCGAUGCCCUUCUGCUUCGGUUCUUACGCGCAAGGAAAUGGGACGUUGACAAAGCUCUAGUCAUGUUGAUUUCAACAAUGCACUGGAGAGGCCAAGAGAUGCACGUAGACGACGAUAUUGUCUAUCAUGGUGAAGGCGCUGCUGCAAUUGCCUCCGUCUCCGACAAAUCAAACGCCGCUGCCAAACAAGAAGCUAGCGACUUUCUUGCUCAGUUGCGACUAGGCAAAAGCUUUAUUCGAGGCGUGGACAAGGAAGGUCGUCCGAUGUGCUUUAUUAGAGUCCGUCUUCACAGGCAAGGUGAUCAAAGUGAGGCAAGUUUGGAGAGAUUUACGGUGUACGUCAUUGAAACGGCGCGACUUUUUCUUUCCCCGCCCGUCGAUACAGCUGCUGUUAUUUUCGACAUGACGGGUUUCUCAAUGGCGAACAUGGAUUAUGCUCCGCUGAAAUUCAUGAUCAAAUGUUUUGAAGCAAAUUAUCCUGAGAGUCUGGGCGUUGUUCUUAUCCAUAAGGCGCCAUGGGUGUUUCAAGGGAUUUGGAACAUCAUUAAAGGUUGGUUGGAUCCUGUCGUGGCCGGCAAAAUUCAUUUUACAAGAAAUGCGGAGGAAUUGGAGAACUUCAUACCCCGCGAUCGGAUAUUGAAAGAACUUGGUGGAGAUGAUGAUUGGUCUUAUCAGUACAUUGAACCAAAGGACGAUGAAAAUAUUUCAAUGUCGGACAAAGCUGCGCGCGAGAAGCUGCUCGAUGAGCGUGCAGGAAUUGUAGAGAAAUUCGAAAAAGCAACGCUUCAAUGGUCCUCGAGGAACUCCGAGGACAAGGAACCGGUCAGUUUAGUGCAGCAGAGGAUCUCACUUGCAGAUCAACUCAGGCUCAAUUACUGGAAGUUGGAUCCUUAUACUAGAGCACGGACACUGUAUGAUAGACUUGGGAUGAUUCAACCCGGGGGGCAUAUUGAAGCCUUCCCUGGGGGAGUAUCUAACAAGAGUACUUAAGACAAGAAUAAUUUCUAGAAUGUAAUUAAUAAUCAACCUCACCAUU